ACAAUGGUAUAUUGAGUAAGAUUAUUGUCAUAUAUUCAAAGCGUAAACUUUCUACGUGUCCAAACGGUUGCCUGGUUACAUUAGAACAAAGUCCCGCCCAGAGGAACAGUUUUACAUUCGAGGAAGUAUUAUUCGAUCAAUGGGCGAGUUGUGUUAUUUUAUUGAGUGCCAUUACGAACAUUCAUUUUAAAUGUGCCAUUUAUACUGGUAAAUCAUUCGAAAUAUUUGUUUUCGAUGACACAACUCUCGCGAUAACUUGCGUUUCAACUAGCUUCUUAUGACGCUCAUGACCCAUUUUACAUGGCUACCAGCAGUUAGCAUGGAUAGCUUGAGCGAGGAAUUGCUAAUAAGUGAUGGAUAGGCUUUCUGUAUACUUUAAUAACUAUUCAUGCAUAUUUGCAGGACCAAGUGAUACGCAUACAUUGCUGGCUGUCCCAUAACUACAGUCGGUAACGACAGAAGGAUGUCCGUUAUAAGCAGAAAAUCAAGUUAACUUUAGCAAUCAAGUAGCAGGCAAGGCUCUGGGACAUCUGAGGAUUCACGUUAGCAACGGUGGCAUGGACCGUAGCAACUGCAGACGCUUGUUUCAUCCACCGUUACAGAGAGCUACCAGAGCAUGCUAACAGCUAAGUCGCCAUAUAUUAAGGGGAUCAACAGAGCAAACAUCCACCAUGAGAUUGAAAACGUCGUUGCUACAGGAACCCAAACAUAAGGAACUUGUGAGUUGUGUUGGCUGGACCUCAGCAGAUGAGCUGUACUCAUGCAGUGAGGACCAUCAGAUACUUAAGUGGAACCUGCUGACCAGUGAGACCAAUCUAGUUGUCAAAUUGCCAGAUGACAUUUACCCCAUUGAUCUACACUGGUUCCCUAAGACCGUUGGUGGCAAGAAACAGAACCAGUCUGAGAUCUUUGUCCUUACCAGCACUGAUGGGAAGUUCCACCUCACCUCGAAAAUAGGGCGCGUUGAGAAGAGUGUUGAAGCUCACAAAGGAGCGGUUUUGGCUGGAAGAUGGAACUACGAUGGCACUGCUCUUAUUACAGCUGGAGAAGAUGGGCAGAUCAAGAUCUGGUCAAAAAGUGGGAUGCUACGCUCAACACUCGCCAGCCAAGGGUCUCCUGUGUAUUCUGUGGCCUGGGGUCCAGACUCAGACAGAAUCCUCUACACCUCAGGGAGGCAGCUAGUCAUCAAGCCUUUGCAACCCAGUGCCAAAGUCAUACAGUGGAAGGCCCAUGAUGGGGUUGUUCUGAAGGUGGACUGGAAUUCAGUUAAUGACCUCAUACUAUCAGGUGGAGAAGACUGCAAAUAUAAGGUGUGGGACAGCUUUGGCCGUGUGCUUUACUCCUCGUCAUCUCAUGACUACCCAGUCACCUCUUUGUCCUGGGCUCCAGAUGGAGAGUUGUUCGCUGUGGGCUCCUUCAACACCCUGCGGCUCUGUGACAAGACUGGAUGGUCCUAUGCAUUGGAGAAGCCCAACACAGGCAGUGUGUUCAGCUUGGCCUGGUCUGCAGACGGCACCCAGCUGGCCGGGGCCUGCGGCAACGGGCAUGUCAUCUUUGCCCAUGUGGUGGAGCAGCAUUGGGAGUGGAAGAAUUUUGUGAUCACCCUGACAAAGAGGAGAACCAUGCAGGUGAGGAAUGUGAUGAACGAUGCGGUGGAUGUGCUUGAGUUUCGGGAUCGAGUCAUCAAAACUUCUCUUGCAUACGGUCACCUGGUGGUGGCCACUUCCCUCCAGUGCUAUGUCUACAACUCCAGAAACUGGAACACUCCGCUCAUCUUUGACCUGAAGGAGGGAACAGUGAGCCUCAUCCUGCAAGCAGAGAAGUCUCCUACACCCAGGCAUCUUCUGCUAGUGGAUGGAGCAGGCUUGUAUGUAUUUUCCUAUGAGGGUCGAUUAAUAUCAUCCCCCAAGUUCCCUGGUAUGAGAGCUGACAUCCUAAACGCCCAGGGUGUUUCACUGAGUCACGACACAAUCGGCAUCAGAGACAAGAGUGAUGAAAAAGUCAUUCUUCUCUUUGACGCUCUGAGCGGGAAAGCCCUUGGCGAUGGCAAGCCUCUGACUCACAAGCUGGAGGUGGUGGAGAUAGCUCUGGACCAGAGUGGCCCAUCCAAUGAAAGGAAGAUCGCCCUUAUAGACAAGAACCGUGACCUUUACGUGACCUCUGUGCGUCAUCUUGGGCGAGAAACCAAAAUCUGCAAACUUGGCAGCAUGGUGCACAGCAUGGCAUGGAACGAUGCUGCUAACAUCCUGUGUGGUAUCCAGGACAACCAGUUGACAGUGUGGUACUACCCGAGUGUUGUCUUCACUGACAAGGAACUGCUGCCAACAACUCUACUCAUAAAGGACGGCAGUGAGUUCAGCCGUGCUCCCCACAUUCUGAGCUAUGUUGGCACCAAGGUGACGUUACGCCAAGGAGACGGAUCACUGGUGUACAGCAAUAUACCGCCCUACCCAGCCCUCCUGCAUGAAUACAGCGCCUCCGCCCGCUGGGAGGAUGCUCUGCGCCUCUGCCGCUUCGCAAAGGAUCAGUCAUUGUGGGCGUGUCUUGCUGGAAUGGCGAUGGCCCACAGGGAGUUGACCACAGCGGAGAUGGCUUAUGCUGCCAUCGGAGAGCUACCUAGGGUGCAGUACAUCAACUUUAUAAAGGAGCAGCCAUCUAAGGAGUCAUCUUUGGCCCACAUGCUGAUGUUCAGUGGUCAGGUCCAGGAGGCGGAGGCCACACUGUUACAAGCUGGUCUCAUCUACCAGGCCAUACGAGUCAACAUCGACCUUUUCAACUGGGAGAGGGCACUGGAGCUGGCAGUGAAACACAAGACCCAUGUUGACACGGUGCUGGCCUAUAGAGGAAAGUUCCUACAGAAGUUUGGCAGGGAGGAGACCAACAAGAGAUUCCUGCAGUACUCUGAAGGGGUUGAGGUGGACUGGGAGAAAGUCCAGGCGAAGAUAGAGAUGGAGUUGUCUAAUGAGAGAGAGAAGGCUGCUAACAGCUCUGUGAGGAGCAGCGUGGCCUCACGACGUUAAUGUUCAGUGGACCUUUCUUCUAAAAUUCUACUUGCAUAACAUGGCUACGAAGCAUUAACUUCAAGAUCAUUUGGAGAUGUGAAGAUUAGAAUUGCUCUGAUGAAUAUGUUGUUGACUUUGGCUCUUACACUAAAAUCUUGUGGGUUGUGCUGUGUAAUGUAAAACAUUGGCAUUCUGUUACCGCCGGCUGGAUGAUUUUGACUUCUGAUAAGAGUAUAUACACUUCGCAGAGACUACAACAUAAUGGCCUUUCCGUCAUCAGCUUCAGAGUGAUUUCAGUGUGUCAAGUUCAAAUCUGAAUGUUAUCUUUUACAGUUGUCGAGAAUUACUUGAUGUGCUCAGUCAUGCAAAGAUGUAUUGCUUUGUUUUUUCAGUGAUGUAUGAUUGAUUGAUUGUGUGUUUUUAUAUGGAUAGAUAUUUUUACAAUUUAUAUAUUCAACAUUUUGCCUCGUGUAAACACUAAAAAGAGUUCAGUAAAUAAAACUGAUGGAAAUAAUGUAUA